UCAGUUGUGCUAAUAAUUUUGAGAAAACCCAAAAAGAAAAGGAAAUAAAAUAAACAAGUUCCAAAAUCGCUAACUAUAUAUGCUUGUUACUCGGCACCAUCGCUAUAUCCGUGAGACCUUGAAAAAGACCACUCUCAGAUUUAAUGGAAAAAAAGAGGCCUCGACCAACUUCUCAGUUUCUCCAGUACCAGGGUGGUUACAAUAACUUGAGAAAGAGAAAGAGAAGUAAGCAUGGCCACAACAAGUUGUUGGACAGAAUCAGUGAGUUGCCAGAUGCAAUUUUAGUUAGUAUACUGUCUCUCUUGCCGCUGAAGGAAGCACAAGCUACUAGUGUCCUUUCGAGGCGAUGGCGGUAUGUUUGGGCGUCUACUAUGAUUCUCAACUUUGAGGCUGAGAAAGCUUUGUGCAGUUUGCUUGACCUAGAACCAAAAGCAGAAGAGCCUGAAGUGCCUUGUUACGUCGAUUGGGUGAAUGCUAACAGCAUAGAGGCUCAGUCAUGGAACAAUUUAGGGGCUUUUUUUUACCUAGAUGAUAAGUUUCAAGUUCCAUUAAUAAAUGGAUUCAAUUUUCAAUGAUAGAAAGAAGAGUUCAAAUGCUAUAUUUUUUAGCUGGAGUUGUUAGAAUAUGGGUGUUGAUUCUCGAGAGCUUCUAACCAAGAA